AUGAAAUUUUCAAGUAAAUCUCCAACAAAAACUGUAAAAUAACAAUCUUCUUAUUCCCCAAACCAAGUUUAAAAAAAAGCUGUUCAUAAUUAUGUUGAAAAAUCAUUGGUUAAUAAAGAAGUUGAGUAUUGGAAAUUUAAGUAUAUGGAAUUGGAACAAUUCUGUUAGGGAAAACAAUCCUAUGAAAAAUUAGAAAAUGAGUUAUAAAUUUGGAAAUCUAAAUAUUAAUAGUUAACUCUUAGAGUAAAUAUAAUUUAUUUUAAAGGCAAGAGUAGCAAAAGGUUCAGAAUUAAUUUUACAAGAAUAUUAAAGUAGAAUAUAAGAACUUAAUUAAUAAUUUAAUAGUACUAAUUAUAAUUCAAUUAUAACUCACAGUCCUUAAAAGUAGGUUGAAUAAGCCAAAUAAAAUGAAUUGCAAAAUAAAAUUGAAUAAUAAUAAAAUGAAAUUAGAUCAUUAUAUAAUUAAAUAGAAGAAUUAAAGUAACAAUCAAAAUAACCCACAAAACGUGACUAAAUUACUACUUCAAAUAAUAGCAAUUAUUAAUCUUUUAAUUAGUCUGCAAAUACUUCAAUAUCAAUAUUAAAUUAAUAAUAUAUUUAAUAAAAUAUGAGACUUGAGCUGGAAUUAAAAAAUUCUGAAUAAGAAAAUAAGAGUCUUUAAGAAUAAAUAUAAUUCUAUUAGCAUAAUUUAGAGAGCUAACAAAAAAUAAUAGAUCAAUAAAAAUUACAUAUUAACUAAUUAGAAUAAAAUUUGGCUUCUGAAAAACUAAAGUAGCUUAAGUUGAUGGAUCAAAAUGCAAUAAAUUUAAAAGAUUAAGAAAUUAAAAAAUAUUAAGGUAAUUAAAUUUAUAAACUUUAGAUGAUAUAUUCAUUUUAAAUUCAAAAUUAAGGGAUUGUGAAAAGUUAAGAAGAUAGGAACUUAAUUAAAAAGAUGAACAUUAUACAGAGAUUAUUACUUAACUAAAAACAUAAAUACAUAAUUAAAUUUAAAGCGGAGAAAUGAGAUUGAGUACUUUAUAAGUACAAAUUAUAAAUUUAUAAUAGAAUAUUUUGCAAGAUAAAUAACUUAACUCAUCAUUUGGUCGCUUAAAUACUGAUUAUUAUUAAUAAUAACAUUCAAAUUAGUCAGAUAAAGUAAUAGUAAGACUUGAUUCAGAAAUGAAAACUUUAAAGUCUUUAAUAAAUGAAGAUAAAAACAAACAAAAAUAUUUCUGA